AUAGUGAACGAAGUCACAUUCGUGUUGUGUCCCACCGGACAAUCUAAAGGUCACUUUCACUCUCUCUCUCUCUCUCAAACUCUCCUGGGUAGCACUUCCUUCUCUCUCAAACUAAAACAAGAUAAGUCAGUGGCGUAAAUUGAAGGUGAAGACAUCAUAACAAGGAAGGUUUAGCAGGGAAAGAGUUAAACAAGGAGGGAUUGGGUAUGAAAAUGUCAGCUGUGAAUAUGUCCGCUGUGAGACUUACAACAGCUUCAUUGUACGGAACAGCGCCGUCUCGGACAUCUUGUGCUCUGAGGAAGAGUCCAUCAAGUUUGAGAUCUGUGAAGAAUGUGUCCAAAACAUUUGGACUAAAAUCUUCCUCAUUUAGAGUAUCUGCAAUGGCAGUAUACAAAGUGAAACUGAUUGGACCAGAUGGAACAGAGAACGAAUUUGAUGCCCCUGAUGACUCUUACAUUCUGGAUUCAGCCGAAGAUGCUGGAGUGGAGCUACCUUAUUCAUGCAGAGCGGGUGCAUGUUCUACUUGUGCUGGCCAAGUGGUUACGGGUUCUGUCGAUCAGUCUGAUCAAUCUUUCCUCGAUGAGCAGCAAAUCGAGAAGGGUUAUCUUCUCACUUGUGUCUCAUACCCAAAAUCAGAUACUGUGAUUUACACACACAAGGAGGAAGAACUCUACUAAGUGAUAUAUGCUUUUUGUUAGUUUUUCCGUGCAUGUUUUGACCAUGUGUCAUGUAGCUGAUUAUUGUGAAACUAGGUUGGUGUUUGUGUAACUUAUUGAAUCAUUUUAGGAAAUAAGGAAAGGAAACGUGUUAUAGGACAUCGGUUUGUUUUCUAUAAUUACUAUUACUGGUAGCGUUUAUAGGACAUCGGUUUGUUUUCUAUAAUUACUAUUACUGGUAGUGUAUUUUGAUGAAUUUGAAGAUUUCUUCUCAUGUAGUUGCCAGUUAUUAAUGAUAUGUAUGCUGCUGUGGGAAUUAAAGUUUGGCGUGUAA